UUUUGCCUGAACUGGGUUACACAGCAAUACACAGCCCAUACAUGUAGGUGCAUGCGUGAAAGUGUACCUGUUGGCGCAUCAAGUGCAGCAUGUCAGGUGCUGCUGAGCUUCAGACAUUUUAAUCUGGAUUUGAAAGUGAAGCGCUAACACAAAUGCAUAGACACCAUUUGCAAACUGGCUGUGCCAAAUGGAACCAUGUUCAGUACCAUCAGCUGUCCCAAGAUAGCUGGGAUUCAGGUGGCUAUUCAUCAUCAGCCUACGACCGCCACGUCCAGCAACAACACCAGCAGUCAGGCAAGUCAGUGGCUAACAGGGUGCAGAAGCAGUACUGGGUGACCAAACAGGCGGUCAUCAAGAAACUUGGCCGGAAGGAAGAUGAGUUUGUAGUGGCUGGGGAUUCAGAGCUGGACGCCAAGCUCGAGGUGUUCCGUUCAAUACAGAAGACCUGCAUGGACCUUUUGAGAAUAAUUGAGAAAUUCCAAGAUAACUUAUGUGCUCUUUCUCAGGAUGAGAACGCCAUGGGUCGCUUCCUCAAGUCACAGAGCAGUCAUGACAAGACGAGGGCAGGCAAGAUGAUGGCUGCUGUGGGCAAGGCACAGAUUGUAUCGUCAGAACAAAGGCUAGGCCUGAGAGCCCCACUAGUGCGACUCUACCAAGAGAUUGAGACCUUCCGAUACCGAGCCAUCUCAGACACCCUGAUGACCAUCAACAGGAUGGAGGGUGCCAGGCUAGAGUAUAGAGCAGCCUUGCUGUGGAUGAAGGACAUCUCCAAGGAACUAGACCCGGACACCUACAAGCAGUUGGAGAAAUUCAGGAAGGUUCAGGCCCAAGUUCGUAGCACAAAGCAAAGAUUUGACAAACUCAAGAAUGACGUCUGCCAAAAGAUAGACCUCCUCGGAGCAAGUCGGUGCAAUCUCUUCUCACAUACACUGGCCGCUUACCAGAACACGCUGCUCCAUUACUGGGAGAAAACAUCCCGCACGAUGUCAGCUGUACAAGAGGGUUUCCGUGGUUACCAACAUUACGAAUUCAACCUGCUGAAGGAAUUGUCCGAGACCAGUAAGCAGCUGGCCCAAUUGACAGGCGCAAAGGACAUUGUACCAAAUUGGGAGGACGACUUAGAACAUGAUUUGACAGAAACGAGUAAGAAGCUCGCAGAGAAGACCGGGCAGACGGCCAAUGGGAGGACAGAAGGGGAGGAGAAGCAGGGGGAAGAUGGUGACGAAAGUGGAGAUGCAACCCGUCAGAGGUUAAUAUCCUUCGAGGCGGACGCCAGCUCAGACAACCAGCCUGAGGAGCCCGACGAGUUUGAGAGAGUCUUCGGCACCCUGGAGAUCUCUCGCAGUGUCACGGACGAGGGCGUGCAGACGCCGGAUGGCGAGGGUGCCCUGCCGCUGGAUUCGGGAGCGCCAGGGGACGGGGACUCGGCCAAUAGGAAACCAUUUGGCGUCGGGGACAAGGAGGAGAGUGCGUUUGUAAGCCUAAUGGGAGGCCUGGGUGAAGGAACGGGAGGCAAGGUGCCAACACAGCAGCAAGGAAACAACAGCAAUGCUGAAGGUCACAUUGACCUCUUGUCCGAGUCGGCGCCUCCAACCGCCAAACAGCAUGAUGAGAUGGCCCUGCUCAACGAAAUCCUCAAUACGCCCAGCGGCCUGCCCGUGGACGAGGCCAGCCUGCAGUCCUACCAGUCAGAGUACUUUGACUUCGAGGGACUGAUGCUGGCGGGCGACAGCCAAAAUGGCCGGGGUCAGGUGUCCGGUGGCUUUUUGCCCUCUGAUCUUCUGAGCGGGGACAGGGUCACAGAUCAGACGGGGGCUCCAGGAGGAAUUGUUUCUCCACCACCCCUUAUCGAACCCACCACCACCACUGCCACCCCAGCCCCCUCAUCCCAGGGCCCUGCCUCAGGCCCCCCUGCCGCAGCCAAGGCAGCAGGAGCUGCCGGCACCGCGUCCAACAAGCAAGACUCCAGCAAGCCCCAGGCCUUCAAGAAGGGGGCCAAGCCCGACAUGUCAGCCUGGUUCAACCUCUUUGCUGACCUUGACCCGCUGGCCAAUCCGGACGAGGUUGGCCGAAAGGAAGGCGAGCAACCGGAGGAGUUGAGAACAUGCUGAUCGCUCCUGACUCACUCAUCAGUAUUUAUAGUCCGUAAACUGCACCGACAGUCCAUGCAAACGCACCUCUUUUCACAUUCGUGUCUAUUGGUUUUACCCAUUGGCACUACACUCACGACUCGUUCUGCCAACAACGCGAGAUACUUCAUCACAGAUGCGUAGUAUCUGGUUAAAUGUUCUCCUCACACUAACUCACUGUGAGAAACAAGAGUUAAUCCUUUUAUACCUGUAUUUCAGAAUAAUUUAUUGGUGCGCUUUCAUUGAUUGUCUGUGUAGAUUGCUUUAAGUGUCAGAAAAGCAAAAUAAUUUGCUCAUCCAUGAGGUAUGCAUUCCUAGAAAUUGUUUUCUUUCCAUUGAUGUAUUCAGUGGCUUUGAUGAUCAGUACGUGAUGUUCUCGUGAGGUGUUCUAUGAUGAAUUGUGCAAUCCAGACUCUCAGUAGAGUUUGGCUGACCACUGUACGUCUUAAAUUGCAACCACCGGUCAAGUUUCUCUUGCAGUCAGUGUAUCAUAGGUUGCCCCUGGGGGGCAUGGGUUUUACGGGGGGGAAUAGAAUCACUUAUCAGCAACAAACUGAAAAAAACCAUUAACAUUGGAAGGGGGUGAAUUUGGGAUUCUGAGAUAUUUUCAAGCAAAUGUGUGAUUUCCUCCCUUUUCGUCCCUUUUUUCAUUUCUUUCACCCUUUCUUUUCUUUCUUUUUGCAUUUUUUAUUGUGAAAUUUUUUUACAGGGAGGCAAGUCUGAGGGCCAAAGUCAAAGCACUCUAAAGCAUAACAUUGUGGGGGAAAAAGGUAACCUUUUCAUAGUGGAAACAAAGAUUGCUUGUCAUGAAUUUCAAGUGGAUUGGCAACAGUAUAUUUAAGGUGUAUCUGUUAGUUUACUCUCAUGACAGAGUUCAGACCGUGGUUGUUAGAACUCUGGAUUGGGUUACAGGUGCAGAACAAAAUUGCUAUCAAGUGUGCCACCUCGCUGUUUGGGUACUUUACCAGCUUGCUCAAGCACAUUUCAAGGUAGAAAACCCAGCCCAGUGACACGGGAAAGAUAUGAACAUGACGUGCUAUUGUGUUGACUUGUAUGUAAUGAAAUCACUCAGUGGCAGGCAGGAACCACGGUUAAGAUGUGCAAUUUGCCAGACUGUUUGCAUUCCUGAAACCAACAGUGAACACAUUCUCUAGAAUUUGCAUGGACAUGUAUAUAUACUUCACAGUGCAUUCCUUGACAAACCUUGAUCCACAGCUGGAGAACGGGUAUACAGAAAGAUUCCAAAGAUAAACUGAUGCCCUGUCACCAUUAAAGGAGUGCACUGCAGUUGUAAGCAAUACUGAAAGGCGCUCAGCCACUCCUGGAAAGCCAUUACAGCUCGUGGAGUUCCUGUUAUAUUUGACGAUAGAAGUAGAUAUUGUGUCAGUUUUUUAUGACUUGGCAUUUGAGAUCUUAUGCUCAAAAUAGUUUUGUAUAACUUUAAAAAGUGCUGCUUCUCUUAAGGAAGAAUGUCUACUGUGUACUGUGCAUUAUAAUGUGGUUCUUUACUUUUGGAAUCUUUUUUGCUGGUGGGGCAUAAUUUGUGCUUCAUAAAAAAAGUCCAAAUCAUAUUGCACUAUUUGUUAAACCUCUUGGCAAAGCGAAAGUUUUGAAGACGUCACUGUGCUGUUUGGAUGAAAAUACACUCAACUAAAAAUAGACAUUCAAAUAAUUUUAAUCUGAUGUUGUCAAAAGUAUUCGGUAUAUUUUAAUGUUGUUUUCUUUUCUGCCUUACCGUGAAUGCAUUCUGUGGGGAAUUGAAAGGAUGCUAUGAGGAAACUGUGAAAAGCUGAAAUUAUUUACUACCAGUUGCUGAUUGGAAAAAAAAUCAAAAAAUAUUAUGUCAUAUUUUACUUCCGCUCAGUUUUGUGACUCAAAGAACACAUAAUUUUUGCGUUGUAUGUUAAGCGUUGAACAUGGCGUGUCAUUUUGCUUCUUCCAAAAAAAAAGUUGUUAAUUACAUUUGAGCAGAUCAAAUCAAAACUAAAUAUUCAACCUCUCCCCAAUGGGAGGCCAACUCUCCCCAACCAAGUCAUGCAAUGUUUGUAAAGAAAAUAGAAAAUAGAUGUUGCUCUGUUCAACAUUUCAGGAUCAAAUUUCUAUCGUCGUCAUCAUAGGCAUCACAUCACCACCUUCAAACUAUCAUAGCACUUGGCUUUGUUUUUUUCAACCGAGACAGCAAGGGGCUGUCUUCCCGUUUACUCUAGCCAACUGUAGACCUCCGGGACCAUAGAAAAUGCAUGCAAACGCAAGUCGGGACACCAUAUCCCGAAAAUGUCAUACCACCUCACAUGAAGCGCAUCGGAUGUCCCCAACCCCGUCAAAACUCGCGGAUGCACGAAGCUCCCGGGACGUAACAUCGCAGCUCACGGCACUGACCUUUUAGCUCGGGUUACACGGAAUCAAACUUGUUGCAGGGUUCUUCUAUUUUGUACCGCUCAGCGACUAACUUCCAACCACCUCCGCGGCACCGAGACGCGGGAGCAGGGAAGAGGAUCUACCGCGCGCCGCUUGGUCAUUGA